AUGCACUUUCCUAAUCUAACGCAAAUGCAACUCGGUCAAUGGGCUCAAAAGGAAUUCAACCUACAUCACUCAGUCAAGCAAAGAACUGUAUCGAACGUCUUGAAUUCACAGGACAAGAUGAUCAAAGCUUACGAAGGAGGAAAUUUGAAGGGAAAAAGCAGCAGAGCCUUGACGAUGCCACAAUUGGACAAUGACAUUUUGGAGUACAUUCAAGCUAUGAAUGCAAAAUCUCUUCCUGUCAAUCCCGGAACUAUUGCAGCUUUUGCAAAAGUAGUCGCACACAGAAAGUACCGCCUGCAUAGAAUUGAUGUCAAGUCAAGACAUUUAUAUGGUGAAAAAAGCUCAGUCGACUUAACAUCAUCUAAGAUUGUCGAAGAACUCAGAAAGUUUGAAGAAUUGUUGGAGCCAUAUGAUCCCAAAAAUGUUCUCAACUUUGAUGAAACUGGCUUAUACUACGAGCAACAAUCAGCUCACAUCAUUUAUCAGGAACCUUUAGGUGGUUCAAAGAAAAGCAAGAACCGAUUCACAGUUGGACUAAUCACCAACUAUGAUGGAUCCUAUAAAGGGCACCCCAUUGUAAUUGGGAAACGAAAGACACCAAAGGCAGCAAACAAAAAACCUGCUUUGUACAGACGAACCACCAACAUCGGGCAAUCCCAUUAUGUGGAGUACCAUUCAUCUCCUAAUGCAUGGAUAAACACCGACAUCUUUAGGAACAAGUUGCAGCCUUUGGAUGCCGGAAUCAUUGCGAACCUCAAGACUCAGUUUCGUUGGCACCAAUACUACAGGGCAGUGAACAAGUAUCUUGCUGGGGUAAGCCUUGAUCUUACCGAGGAAUACAGAAUGGAUGAGGUGGAUGCUCUGUAUUUUCUUGCUGAUUCUUGGAUCAAAGUUAAGCCUCAAACAAUCCAAAAUUACUGGGAUCAUACGAAGAUCCUUGAUUUUAAGUUUGCUCAGAGACAGAGAGUCGACUCGGAGGAUGUACUCCCAUUUUUCGAGCUACCUUUAGACGAUGACCUAGUCAGCCAGUUAAACGAAACCACCCCUGAACUUCCUGGAAACAGAAGUAAUGAUGGGGUUCAAUUGGUAACUGAAGUAAACGACUUGGAUCUAAAUGCAGAUGAGUCUGAUGCAAUCGUUUUUAAUCCCAUGAUUGUUGAAUUUGAGGAUGGCGAUGAUGUUACCCAUCGAUCACAAGAGCUUGAGGUAGGGGAAGAACCAGUAGAGAUUUACGAUGUUGAUACGAAGGAGAUAAGGGAGAAGCUGAAGCAUGCGUAUGAAACUAUCUUGUACCAAACCAUCCCAAUGGAUGAAAAAGAAAAGUCUAUGCUGAAAACUAUCCGUAGGAAUCUGAACGAUAUCAGAUCGGAGGAAGUAGCAGAGAAAAAUCAAACAGAUUUACGUGAUUAUUUUGUUAUUUUUCAGUAA